AUGAAAGAAAACGAAGCUAUUCUUAAUUCUAUCAAAGAUGACGCGAUUAAGACGUUUACAGAAAUGAGCGACUUCAAUAAAUACAAGGGUACUGUGAUAUCUCUUUAUCGGAAAUAUCUGGAAGAGCAUCAUGAGGCAGAUAAAUCAGGCCAGGUUUGUAGUGUCUGCAACAAGUGCAUAUUGGACAAGUGCGUGGAGUGCAAAGGGUGUCAUUGUAAGACACACGCUGUCUGCUACAACCUCAAACGACACCCAGAAAAAGUAUGGUAUUGCAUCGUCUGUGAAGAUAUUCUGCGAUAUUGCAUGAACGUGCCGGAUUAUGACAAGUUUGAAGAAGAACAAAUCGAUCGAGUAGAGCCUGAAAUAAUGGCGAAUCGAAACGAGAUCUUCUGCUGCAUCUGCGGAUACAGCGAGGGAGCAAUGAUCCGAACUGUUCUCAACGGUGUGUAUUGCCAUUUAUCUUGUGUUUCGUGGUGUGAAGAGGUCCAACUUUCCAAUACGAAAGGUGCAGUGGACCAAUCUCUGUUCCAGAAAAUUUGA